CCCAUCUCGUCGCCCGUCCCAUCAACGCCCAAAGGAGGACGCUGCAUCCUAACAUCCCAGCCGCGAACCAGAGGCUGAUGGGGUAGCUUCCUGAGGCGUCCCUGAUUAUACCUGAGGAGAGAGAACGGGCAGGUGAAGCGUGGGGGUUUGGCUUGUGUCAGUGUGUCUAGGAAGGGGUGGAGGUGCAGAGGGCCGGCCAAGAAAUGCCAUGUGCAAGAUUAUCAAUGUCACCGAUCCCUACCCAAUCUUGCUGUUUAUGAGGAAGUUUAGCGGAAAAUACUUGGAAUAGUUUGAAUUGGUGUGUCAGUGGCUCAGUGGCAGCCCUGAGGGGUCGGUGGCGCCUCCUUGGUAUAUCCCUCUUCUCCAGGUGGCAACAGGUGAAGGAAAAUGGACGUGAAGAAAGGGGGACGCCCACCUGACGGGGGAUGGGGCUGGAUGGUGAUCGGGGGCUGCUUCACUAUUCUGAUGGUUCUCGCGAUGUGCUCCUUCUCUUACUCCAUCCUCUUCUCCGACUUCCUCCUCUCCCGCGGCACCUCCUCCACCACCAUCGCCUGGAUCUUCAACCUUCAUAUCUUCUUGUGGAACGCCAUCGGGGUGUUCACGGGGCCGCUCACCAAGGAGUUCGGGUUCAGGCGCGUCUCCUUGAGCGGUAGUUUGCUCGCGAGUUUCUUCACCUUCACCCUUACCUUCGUGGACUCCUUGUUGGGCCUGUUCGUCUCCUUCGCUUUCGUAGGAAUGUUUGGAGGUCUCGCAGCCAAGCCAUGCUACCUCCUCCUUACUAGCUACUUCGACCGCAAGCGUGGGCUAGCCAACGCCUUUUUGAUGGCCGGCGUGUGCUGUGCUCAAUUCGUUGGUCCCCCGUUCAUCCGUUACCUCCUGGUUGAGUAUGGGCGUCAGGGGACCACACUACUCCUCAGCGGCAUGGUCCUGCAGUGUGUCGUGGGCUCGGCCUUGUUCCAGCCCGUCGAGUGGCAUCUGAAGGUGGAUGAGGAGGAGGAAAACGUCGAGGAGGAGGAGGAGGACAAGGAGAAGGUGCAUGAAGGUGAUCCGGAUGCUGGAGUGACGGAUGAGAUGAGGGCGAAGGAGGCUGAGAGACGAAAGAUGCUUGGGACGAGCCUAUCCAGACGGCCCAGUGAGACUUCAAUGCUGUCCUUGGCGGUCUCUAACAUCGACCUAUCCAGUAUCCCUCCAGUGAGCCGCCGGGGGUCCAUUGCCCUUGAAGACACCACAGACAACAACAACCUCGACAAGACCGCCCACGGGUCCUCUGGGGGCGUGCGAAGGUUAAUAAAGGCGUCGGCGAGGGUCGUGAAGGAUGUGAUUUCCAAUAUGGAGAUCCUCAGGUCUCCGCGAGCUCUCAUCAUCGUGGUAGGCGGCAUGCUCUCCAUCAACGCCUACAUCAACUUCCUCAUCACGGUGCCCUUCGCUAUCCAGGGCGCCGGACACACGCUCUCGGACGCCGCCUGGUGCAUGUCCAUCGGGGCAGCGACCAACCUCGCUUCGCGCCUCAUCUCCUCCGGCCUCUCCGACCAGCCGUGGUUCAACCUCCGCUACGUCUACAUGACCGGCGCCGCCAUAAAUAGCAUCAGCAGCGCAGUGUUCGGGUUCCUGCAAGACCUGCGACUCAUCCAGGUGACCAUGGCGGUGUGGGGCCUCGGCGUGGGCAUGAACGUGUCCCUCCUCGUCCUGGCCAUGCCGCACUUCAUGGGCGUGGAAAACAUGUCGGCGAUCUUCAGCGUCAACUCCCUCAUGAUGUCCGUUUCCAUGAUCGUCUUCGGCCCGCUCUUCGGCUUUAUUAGGGACCUCACCGGGAGUUACGUCGCGAGUAUGCUGGCCAUGGGCGUGUGUGGGGGCCUGAGUGUGGUGCUGUGGUGCCUCAUGCCCGCCGCCAUGGCCUACGACGCGCGGCGGGAGGCGGAGAAGACGAGCAAGGAGUGGGCAGCGAAGGUGUGAAGAGAGAGAGAGAGAGAGAGAGAGAGAGAGAGAGAGAGAGAGAGAGAGAGAGAAUACUAAGUGCUUUCCAGAAUAGAAAUCAAUAAAAUAACAAAAUAAAAGAGAAAAAAGAUACUGAAGAAAAAAUAAAGAGAGAGAGAGAGAGAGAGAGAGAGAGAGAGAGAGAGAGAGAGAGAGAGAGAGAGAGAGAGAGAGAGAGAGAGAAAAUUAUGUAUAUAUGUAUGUAUGUGUAGUUUUAGCAUUUCCGACGUUUUAUAUUAACAGUUCCGUCUUCCUCUUUAUACGAUAUUACUAUUUAUUAUUGUUUUUUGAUAAUGAUGAAGAUAAUAAAAAAUAAUAUUCUUA